AUGAGUGGCGAGGAUGCUGCUCCAGACGGAGCAGCAUCAGUACUUAACCUCAAUCAACCGAUACUAAAUCCAGGACAAGAAAGGAUGGAAGAAGACAUGGAAACAACCAGCAGAGGAAAGGAUCACGUCGACGCAGCAAAGCUUUCUUGGGAGGUGGAUUACAUCCGAGAAGCAGAGUAUACCGAACAUUUUCGGGAGAUGAUCGUUCAUAUGCCCGAAUUCAGAGUACCAAAAGUCAUUAAAAGUUUGACUUCUAAGAAUGUCAUUACAACAGAAUUAGUUCCAGGAGUUCCGAUGGAUAAAUGCUUUGACCUGAGCCAAGAGCAUCGUAAUCACAUCGCACGGGCGGUGAUGAAGCUGUGUCUGAGUGAGCUGUUCACGUUCCGCUGCAUGCAAACAGAUCCCAACUGGUCCAACUUCCUGUACGAUUCUAACACGAAACAGAUCAUGUUGAUCGAUUUUGGGGCCACGCGAUUCUACUCAAAACCGUUUAUGGACGAUUAUAUGAGGGUAAUCGAAGCCGCCACUCGCAACGAUCGGCAGCAAAUCUUGGAGCUUUCCCGAAAGAUGGGAUUCCUGACCGGAUAUGAAUCGCCGGCUAUGGAAAAUGCCCACAUAGACGCGGUGCUCAUCCUGGGUGAAGUGUUCAGCGUCGAGGGAGAAUUCGAAUUCGGACGGCAGAGUACGAAAAAAAUAGCGGCCCUCGUUCCAGUCAUGAUAGCCGAACGGCUUUGCCCUCCCCCAGAAGAAAUCUACUCCCUGCACCGAAAGUUAUCUGGGGUGUUUCUGUUGUGCGCCCGGCUGAAUGCCAAAAUCGAUUGCAAACCGCUGUUCCACGAAAUCCACAAACAGUACCAAUUCGGAUAAGCUUGCUAAUAAAGGGCUUUAUUGGUAGCGUA